AUGUCUAUUCCUCCUGAAGCAUUUACUAGCUACAUGAAUAGUAUAAAUGCUCCAUCACCAAGAGAAUUAGUAAAUAGUCAUUUAUUUAGUGAUAAAAAAAAAACAUUUAAAUCAAUGGAUUGUGUAACUAGUGAAAUAGUAAAAUCUACUGAAAAAAUGAAUACAUCAAAAGAUUCUUUAUCUAUUAAUAAAGAAGAAAAUGGAUGGGAACAUGUAUCUCAAAAGUCAAAAAAGUCUUCAAAUAUUAAUUCACGUUUAUUAACAACGUCAAUAGACACUUAUUCUGCAAAAAAAGUUAUUCGUUCUAACAAUCCACUCAAUCAAAGUUGGAGAGAUAAUAGUAGUAUUUUUCCAGAUCGUGAUAAAAAGUCAUUUCGUUGUCCGGAAAAAUAUUUUCCUGGAAAGUCUGGUGUCAUGAGAAGUGAGAUUGAUGACAAUUGGAGAGCUGAUAAUAAGAAAAUAUUUGAUACAAAUAUUUAUCCAACAAAUAUACAACAGUCUAAAAAUAGCAAAGAUAUUUCAUAUGCAAAGGAAACUGAAUUAACAGGUAAUGAACGCAAUUGGAAUAAGGAAACCUCAUUAAUUAAUGAAAAAAAAGUAUGUGAUAAUAAAAUAUAUGAUUCAUCAAAAAUUAAUAUUUUACAAAAUGAUGUUUAUAAAAAUGCAAUAAAGGAUGAAAUAUUUAAUAUUAAUAAUCAAUCAGAAUUUAAUCCAUUGAAUAGUUCACUUGAUAAUAUUUUUCACCAAAAUGAUAGGUUACAUAUAAAUACAUUUUCUGAACCAUUGUCAAAUAUUAAUAAUAAUGUUUUAUUACAAAAUAAUGGUAACGCAUUUGAAACAUUACUACAAUCUUUAAAUAUUGACAACGAUAAACAACAAUUUGUAGAAACUUUUUCUAACAAUUUGUUAUACUCUGAAAAUGACACAACUAUUCAGUCUCAUAAUUUAUUUGAUUCAUUCAAAGAUAAUCUUGAUGUCCCUAACGAUUAUUUGUCACAAAUUUCAACAAAGUUAACUAGUAGUGAAGAUUAUCAACAACAUCAUAAUAAUAAUUCUACUUCUACUACUGCUUUAGGACAUUCAGAAUAUUUAUCAGGACAUAUAGGUAAUUCUUUGGAUACAUCAAUUAUGAAUAAUUCUUUUAAUAAUACAAGAAAGACACAAAAUCCUGUUAUGAAUAUACAAAAUAAUAUAGAUAUUAAUCCUAAUCUUGUAACAAAUAAUUUAUUUAACAUCCCUCCUGUUAGUGUCGCAAAUAAUAAUCCUUUGCAAAAUUUACCGGACCAACUUAUACCAAAUUUUAAUACUAAUCCCAUCAUUAAUGGAGGAAAUAUGUUUAUGAAUAAUCCAGUAAAUUAUCUUAGAUUACUUAGUUUGGGAUUUAAUGAAGAAAUUAUUCAAUCGCUUUUUCAAAUGAGUGCAUUUUCACAGCUUUUACAAUGUACAAAUUGGUUUAAUCAACGUGAAAAUUUAAGAUGGAUUUGUAUGAAUGAUAUUGGUGAUAUAAAAGGACCAUUUUGUGCUCAAGAUUUAAUUUUUAAACUAAUAAAUUUUCAUAUUCCACCAUUAUUAAAAUUUCAUUGUGAACAAUUACCAUUUAAUGGAUGGUUAACAUUAGUUGAAUUAAUUAGAGCUGCAGAUGAUAGAAUUCCUUUUAUUUCAGCAUAUUUUCCUCGUACCAGAGAGGAAUAUAGUAUUAUUCAAAAAAUAUUAAAAGGAGUUGGGGAAAUACCAAAUUCAUCUAAAUGGAUAUAUUUCUUCCAAAAUGAAGAAAAAAUUAUGAAACAAGCUUCACGUCUUUUUGAAGUACAUAUAUCACAGAUUGUUGCCAAUCUUCGUACAAAUCCUGUUUUACAAAAGACAAAUCUUCAACUUACAACAGAACAAUUUAAAGAUUAUGUUAAUACAAAUUUUCUUACACAACGAUAUCAAAAAGAUAAAAUAAAAACUGGAAAUUUCAAUCAACAAUCUUCAAAUUUUGAUGAUAUUAAUAAAACUCAAACAGUUUCUCAUAAUAUAAACUUUAACUCCGAUCUCCAAAUAAGCAAUUUUUCUCAAGAUUUAGUUGGAAAACAAUUAUACAAUCAACAACAACGUUCUAAUUAUUUUCAAAGUGGAAAUAAAACAACUAAUAAUGUUGUUAAUAAUUCUGAAAUACAAAAAAAUGAGACUAAUGAUAAUAAUCAACAACAAAUUCCAACAUUAAAACAGUCACAUACAAAAAAAAGUAUAGGUGAUAAUAAGGAACAAGAAAUUCCAACAUUUCAUUGUGGAACAUGGGUACCACAAAAUACUAAAAAGAAAAGUUUUAAUAAAAAUUCUAAUUAUAAUAAUAAUGGUAAUUAUCAACAUACUGAAUAUCAUGGAAGAACUAAUAUUCAAAAACCAACACUUUUAUCAUCUUCUAAAAAUUGGGAAUCACCAAAUAUUAAACCAGAUGACGAUAUUCCAACAGGAAAAGUACCAAUUGGUUUAAGUUUAGGUGAAUUUUUAGCACCAGCAACUGGACAAACAAUAGAAAGACCAUUACCACAACAUUCUGCAACAACACCAAAUUCUCGUUCAUACAAUUAUAGUUGGAAUAAUUCAAAUGAAAAUCGUAAUACAACUGUUCAGGUAAAACAAAAUGAAAUUGUUGAAAAUAAACCAUUAUCAACAUCUCCAACAACUCUUGUUCGUCCUGUUGGAGCUGUAUGGAAAAAUGAUAAUAAAAAUAAUGGAAGUGGUAGUAAUAAAGGUUCGUCUUCUUCUAAUAAAAAUACUAAUACUCAAUCAACUUUUGGAGCAGAGGAAGCAGCUAAUGAAUUACAACAAUGGCUUUUUGAUAAAUUUAAAAGUCAUAAAUCUGAGUCAGAUGUAAUGGCAUUUUGUCAAUUUAUUUCAAAUGUUGAUAAUCCAGCUGACAUUGAAGAUUAUUUCUCUACAAAUUUUGGUGAUUCUGUUGAGGUACGUAAAGUUUAUAGAGAAUAUAUUGAGAAAAGAAAUGAAGUAAGAUCUCGUGUUAUAAAAGCUAAGUCGGGUCAAGACGACUUAUCAGCACCAGCUCAAGCUAUUGGUUUUACGGCACAACCUGUAAAAAAAAAUAAAAAGAAAUCCGGUUAA